AUGAAUGGAAGACCAGGCGCGAGCAAUCCAACAGCAGCAACAACGACAACACCUCAUCAGCAUAGCAGACCAAAGCGUAUCGACCUGUUGUGUGACGAGAUUGAUAGCUAUAUAGAGCCAUCACUCGAUAUCUCUUCGUUGUAUGACUCUGUCACUCCGAUCAGACAGACACAGACCACAGCCACGACGACAACAACCACAACAACUGCCACUCACCAGUGGUUCCAACCUGUGACCAAGCCAGAUACAGAUGAAUCAGAUGAUGCAAACGACGACAAUGAUGAUUAUGUGUCACGUGCUCCUCCCUCCCGUGGAGGAAAGCAACAACAACAGAACAUCCAACAAGCAUCAACCAAGAAGAGGAAGCAACCAGCAAAGCCAACCUCAAGGUCUAAGCUCAAGAGUGCAUCUAACAGCAACAGCAACAUCAACAGCAGAAGUAAUUCAAAGGUGACAUACAUCGAUGAUGAUGGUGAUGAUAACAAAGUUAAUGAUGUGCUCAUGGUGGAAUCGGAUGAUGACGGUGACUUCAUCGCCCAAAAGACAAUGCGCACAAUAUCAAGUACCGAGCCCAACAUGCCACUCUAUCAAUCAAAGUCAUCUUACUUCAAUAUCGACAAGACCAUCACAAAGUUGAAUGACAGCAAUGACAAGCUCACCGACAUUCUCAAUCGCAAGCGAGCAAUGACCAGCAACAACAAUAACAGCAAUGAGCCAUCAAAGUUUAACCAGUUGCUUCAACAAUUAAGGUCAUCAUCAUCCUCAGCUUCAGCACCUCUUGCACCGACACCAGCUCCUCCAAAUGGUCCACCAAUGUCGAGAAGCAAUCAACUCUAUAGCCGGUUCUCUUUGGACACAGUGCCUGUAGCACCAGUCAACAAACCACCUCCAAAGACAUCCAAACAACAGACCUCAGUAUCCCCUAUGAAGAAGCCACAACCACAACAACAGGAUCAUCAGGAUCAACAAAAGAGAAUCAGUACAUCAAUGGCCCCUCCAAUCACUCCAUUCCAUUCAGCAACACCACAACAACAACAACAUCAAUCACCAAAGCCAAGCCAGACACUGAGCGACGACGAUGACUUUGAGUUCUCACCAUUUGCAAUGUCCUCAAUGCCAUUGAUAGACUCUCCAUUCAAACCCAAGGGCCUGUACGAGCAGAUGGAACCAAGCACCCUCAGUCAAGCGUCACAAUUAUCCUUUGACUUUUCAUUGCCCACUCAAUCACGUGCCUCACAACCAUCCAACAAUCUGCUUGGAGCGCUGCAACAGCAUGCAAACGUACCAAUCACGACGACAACAUUAUCACGUACACCAUCAUCAACAAAGCGCUACGAGAGACUCAUUGCCAUUGAGGUCAACUACCAAGUGUUCCCAGGCGAGACCAAACAAUCAAACCCAAUUCACAAGAAGACAGUGCGAUGUUACAGCGAGGAACUGGCAACCGAGCGAGUUGUGUGGCUGUUUGGAGAGUGGUGCUACACGCCCAUCAAUUCAGGCGAUGUUCUAAACGUCAUUGGCGAGUACGACAUGGAGCAUGGUGCAUUCGUUGUGGACAACAACAAGAACCUGAUCGUCCUGCACCCAGACCUUCUGAUCACAGGCACUGAGCUGGGUGGCAGCUUCACAUGCUCGCGGCGUGCCCUUCUCAAGGAGCAGAUGUCCAGUGAGUUCAAUAGCACUGUGCCACUGUAUGGAAGUAUUGUGCAUGAGGUCUUCCAGCGAUGUCUCAGUGAGAUUCAUUUCGAGAAGGAGUACAUCAGUUCAUACAAGCGUGACGUACUACUGCAGCCCAACUAUGCUCUGAAGCUAUCGUCUCUUGGUGAGACACACGACGAGGCAUCCAAUCACAUUGAGCUCUGGCAGAGCACCAUCCAGAACUUUGGCAACACAUUCAUCGACAGCCAGAACAGCAAGAAGAACAUCAUCGAGAUUGAGAAUCAAAAGUGGCACAUGCAGAUCACAAAGGUAUUGGACAUUGAAGAGAAUAUCUGGUCUCUAAUGUAUGGACUGAAGGGUAAGAUCGACUCGUCCGUGGAGAUCAAGCUGAGAAAGCCAUUCGAGUCGCCCUCCAAGAGGAAGAAGCAAUCUCCCUCCAAGGGCAAGAGGCAGAGCAAGACUACAACCAACACUGAUGACUCUGUCAAGUACCUCAACGUGCCAUUCGAGAUCAAGACUGGCAAGCCAUUCGAGGUACCCUUCAUCUCUCACACUUCACAAGUGUUGAUUUACAUAUUGAUGAUGAAUGAUAGAUAUAACCAGGAUAUCAACCUUGGAUUAUUGUACUACCUAAAGAACUCCAAAGAAAAGGUUGGCAAGAACUAUGGAUUGAUUCAUCCAGUACUCCCAACUCGAAAUCAGAUCAGAUCAUUGAUUGUGGCACGCAAUAUCUUGGUACACUAUAUAAAUCAGAACAACAGAAUGGUGCUCAAUCCCAAUCCAAUACUGCCAAAGAUGCUCAAGGAGCCACACAUCUGUGCCAAGUGCUAUCUCAUCGAUCAAUGUCUUCUUCAUCACAAGUCUGUUGAGAAUGGUGACAGACAUACAAGUGGACUUGGUGACUUGUUCGACAGCAAGACAUCACAUCUCAAACCAUCGCAUCUAGAGUACUUGAAGAAGUGGAACAAACUGAUAUCAUUGGAGUUGGAAUCCAACAACAACUAUAGGAAGUUGAUCUGGAACUAUCCAAGCAAGUUCAGAGAGGACAAGGGAUUAUGUAUUGGAGCAAUGACAUUGGAGAAGGAGAAGACAUUGCCAGAGGGUGGUGUUUUAUACAAGUUCAGUGUACAGGACAAGGACAAGAUAACAAACUCACUAUUCUUUAAGGGUGACUAUGUUACAAUAUCAAUCGAGGACAAGUACUAUGGUGUAUCGGCUGGUCAAGUCACUGAUAUAGCAUCACACUCUAUCAAGGUCAUAUGUAGAGAGAAGAUAACCGAACCACCAACUGUCAUUGAAGAUGCACCAACAAUUGUCAAUGAUGACUUUGGUGUCAAUGGACUAUGCUCUGUGGCAUUGAGGAGCAAUCCAAAGGUCAAGCCAAUGAUCCAGAUAGAGUACGAGGAUGAUGAUGUCAAGAGUCAAGAGAUGAGGAGAAGGAACAGGAAGCAGCGAUCACAAGCUUCUCAACAGUUGCCACACGUCAGUCCGACGAGGAACAUCAUGAAUCGAUCACGCAAGAACUUUGAGCUGUACGGCAACGAACAACAGCAAAAGUACAUGUUCAGAAUCGACAAGGACGAGGGAUCCACCUCUGGAUACCUCAUGCUCAAGACCAGUCUGUUCAACAUGUUCAUGUCAAAGGCCAACGAAAGACUACGAGAUCUAGUCGUCGACUUGGUCCCACCACAGUUUGAUCCUCUGCACACUGUGUCCACCGAUAUCUCCAAACACAUGAAGCAAUUGAACAACGACCAGCAGAAAGCGAUACAGUCUGUGCUCUCUGCACGCGACUAUGCCUUGAUACUGGGCAUGCCAGGUACGGGCAAAUCUCUGACCAUUGCCAACCUGGUCAACAUACUCUCACGACUUGGCAAGUCAGUAUUGGUGACGUCGUACACACAUACGUCCCUCGAUGCACUGCUCGAGAAGUGUGUUGAGGUUGGCGUAGGCAAGUUCCUGCGAUUGGCAUCCAACAUCAAUCAGGUUGGCGCCAGCAUCCAGAAGUACUGUCUGGAGUCUCAACAAUUUGAAUCGAUCACAUCGAUGAAGACCUUCCUUGACGCUCAGCGCAUUGUGGCCACAACCUGUCUCGGUGUGAACCAUGCCUACUUUAACAUCUCCAGGAUGUUUGACUAUUGUAUCAUCGAUGAGGCAUCACAGUUGACACAACCAACAUGCUUUGGUGCACUAAAGUAUUGCAAGACAUUCGUUCUAGUUGGUGAUCACUUCCAGCUCCCACCAUUGGUACAGAACAGUGAGGCCAAGAGAUUGGGUAUGGAGGAGAGUCUGUUCAAGAGACUCAGCUGUGCCUUUCCAAACGCAGUGUCCUACCUAUACUAUCAAUAUCGAAUGUGCAAUGACAUUAUGAUGCUCUCAAACGAACUGAUCUAUAAUGGACGACUGAGAUGUGGAGGCACACAACAAGCCAACUGGAUGUUGCCUGUGCGCAUCGACCCACAACUCUAUCCUCCGAGCAGUUGGGUGCAUCGGGCAUGCAAGUCGGAUGUCCGUGUACUAUUCAUCAACACCGACUCCAUCGAACAGAGCAAGGAGCAGCGAUUUGGCGAUCUCUAUGCCAAUAGCAUCGAGGCAGUUGGCGUGGCCACUGUCGUCGAGUGUCUCCUCAACUCUGGUUGCACUCAGAAUGACAUUGGAGUGAUCUCUCCCAAUCGUAUUCAACUGCGAUACAUCAAGCAGGCGAUCAGUGAACUAUUCCAAAAACAUUCACUGAGCUCUCGCCAUGGCACUCAGGCAUUGCCCUACUCUGACAUUGACAUUCUCACCAUUGACAAGUAUCAGGGCAAGGACAAGGACUGUAUAAUCAUCUCAAUGGUUAGGAACAAUGACCAGUCUUCUAUUGGUGAUCUGUUGAAGGACUGGCGACGUCUGAAUGUAUCAUUCACAAGGGCAAGGAAGAAGUUAUUGAUAUUUGGAAGUCUGUCGACGCUUUCCACAUUCCCUCUCUAUGCAGACUUGCAACAGAUAUUGACAAAGCAAGGUUGGAUCCUUAAUCUUUCUUCAAACGAUAUAAUGUUGCCAAACAACAACAACAACACUGGCGUGAGUAGUACCAAGCCUAGCACUAAAUGA